UUUUUUCGGCAUGUUCCCUCUUCCACGGAGCAUGACAAUAGCCCGAGUUCACUCCCUCGAAUUGGAUUAAGUGCCAAGACCUUGAGAGGUUUCCUAAUUGUACCAACGGCCAUCAAACCACAUCAGUUUUUGAGAGGCUCCUCAGCCUUACGGUUCGUCACUUCCUGAAAUUGAAUCCACCCUUUAUCUAGAAAAACAAGAUGCCCAAACCCGACGAGGAGACCGAAAGCAUGCGCAAGGAGUUGACCUCCUUGGUGGAAAAGUGCCGCGAGGAACAGAAGAAGAUGUGUGACACCCAAGAUUUUGGACCCGCCUCAUCCAUUCCCAAAGGCAAAGCAACCACGAGAAAGCAACUUAAGGGUCACAUCAAUAAAGUGACCUGCUGUCACUUUGCUGGCGAUAGUCGACAUGCUGUCACCGGGUCAUUGGAUGGAAAGCUCAUUAUUUGGGAUUGCUGGACAGGGAACAAAACCAUGAUUAUCCCGUUGAGAUCGGCGUGGGUCAUGACGGCCGUGUUCGCUCCUUCGGGUAACCUGGUGGGAUGUGGUGGGAUGGACAACAUGCUCACAGUGUAUGAUAUUAACAACCGGGACAGCAGUGGUGUGGCCAAAAUGAUCCGGGAGUUCCUAGGCUACGAAGGAUUUCUCUCCUCCUGUCGAUUCCUGGAUGACACCAAGGUCGUGACUGGAUCGGGAGAUAUGAAGAUCAUGGAAUGGGACAUCGAGACUGGGAACAAGAUCAAAAGUCUCGACGGCCAUAACGGCGAUGUGGCCGCUUUGAGUUUAAAGCCACAGGACAACCAAGUAUUUGUCACAGGCUCAGUGGACCGAACCAUUCGAUUGUGGGACUUACGGGCCGAUCGUUGUCAACAAGUGUUUUGGGGUCAUGAGGCGGACGUGAACUCGGCUUGCUUCCACCCGGACGGAAAUCACUUUGUCACUUGUUCGGAGGAUAAGACCUCCAGACUCUGGGAUUUGCGGGCAGAUCAAGAACUGGCCAUCUACAAGCCUCCCACACCCAAUUCGAGCUUCACCUCGUGCGCUUUGUCGGUCAGUGGGCGUUUGCUUUUCUGCUCUAGCGAUGAUGCCUCGAUCCACAUAUGGGAUUUGAUAAGCAAGACCCAUGUCGGCAACUUGUGCGGGCACGAGAAUCGAAUCACUCAGAUCGCUUUGGCUCCAUCCGGGAUUGGAUUGAUGUCGUCCUCGUGGGAUAAUUCAGUUAAAGUCUGGGGUCUUUAAAACGCCAUCAGAUUUGAAAUAAGGAAAGAAAACCAUUGGCAAUUGGCAUCGAUUUAUAUCACCUUCGAAAGAUCUAUCAAUAAAUGUUUACCCAUUUUGGGAUCUCCGGU